AUGUGUAGUGUCGCCGCUACCUGCGAGGGAUUAUUUAGCGAAAACACAGCCCUAAGGGUUGAAUGUGACGCCCAGGAGGCCGAAAUAGCACAGUUGAGACACUUUAUUCAGUUGUCUGUUACAAAACCUGACCUUUAUCCCAGUCCACAGCGUGUAACACUUAAUAAGGGUCUUAACGUGUUUCCUGAGAAGGCAUGGCAGCAGCUGAAUAAUGCCACGCCACACGUUGAUGACGCCGUUGUGAUUUCUGCACUAGAAGAACAACUGAGUAAUAAAAACAAGCAAUUGAAUGCAUGUUUACAGGAAAUUGCUGAACUCAAGAAAUGUUACAAGGAGAACACCUCGGGCCGUACAAAUACACACGAUGAAAAUACAGCUCAUCUCUUAUCUCAGAUUGAUUUUUUACACAAUGAAGUUGAGCGACUAGAGCAACAUGUCGCAACUGUUCGUGCAGAUAGUACGAAAGUGGCACGUAGUCUUGCUGUGGAGUUUAAUGAAAAGCUCGAUCAAAAGGAAAAGGAGGGUCGCGCUAUUACAGAACAGUUUAGAACCCGAAAAAGACGAGGUACUGAAGGAGAGGAUCUUGUUGUUCGUUGCAAAACGCUUGAAAAUCAACUUGCUAUUGCUCUAUCAGAAAAAAAUUCGUUGCUUAUUGAGAAGAACGAAUAUUGUACAAAGAUCCGAAAACUUGAGGCAACCCUGAAAGAACGUAGAUCCGAAGUUUCAGAAGUUCAGAAGAUGGCAUCACAUGAAUCUGUGGCGACUGGAAUACAGAUUAAGAGCCUGCAGGAAGUCAUUCAGGUUUUAUCUGAUGAAAGAUCAUCGCUUCAACAACAACUUGCUCAACUCUAUAGUGCAUUGAACGUUGAUAAAAUUCAAGCUGAAACUCAAACCGAGAAGAAUUUAUGUGAUACCUCGACUCAAGUGGAUUUGUUGCGCGUCGCAGAAAAGGAAUGUCAAGUAAAUUCCAUAACAUGUUCUACUGACGGUGGCACACAAUCUGUCCAGAGUUUAACGCACAUACUAGAACUUAAGUGUACCGAAUGUGAUGAGUUACGGGCUCGAAUUGAUGAUCUUUCUUCUGCUUGUCGAGAUGCCCUUGUAACUGCUGAAACGAUGAAAAAAUCUCUUGCAGAGGAAAUUGAAAGAAGAAAGUUCCUCAGUGACGACGCAGAAAAGUUGUCUUUGCAGGUGCGCUCUUUGCAACAAAAGUGUAGUCAGCAGGCGGCAAAUGAGCGAGAAUUACAGGCCAGAAUUAACCAUGUGGAAGAGCAAAAGCAACAGUUGAGGAUAAACGCUAUGAGUAUUGAACGCGAUAAAAGUGGGCUGGAAGAGCGACUACAACAAUAUCAAAAAGAUAUGGAACAACUUGUGGCAAAUAAAAAUUACUCCAAUCAACAAGUUGGGCAACUUGCUAGUGAAAACGAAAGACUCUUAGAUGAAGUCCAGCGUCUACAUCAGCAUGAGGCGCAACUAGCAUACUCUCUGAAAGCAAAAGAUGGAGAACUGCGUGAAAUUCUUUCUGCGUAUCAAAAUGCUGUAAAGGAAGCGGAAUCGCAAGUGGGAGCUCAGCGCACCAUAGAACGUGAAUUAGAAGCUACUCGUGCAACAUUAGCCUCUAAGGAACAACGUAUAAUAUAUCUGCAAGAACAGUUAAAUCAAAUGCAUCAUAGAGAUCAGCAACUUUCAUUGGAUUUGCAGACGUUUGAAUACGAAAAUAGCCAACUUCAUCGAAGACUUGUACAAGUAGAGGCAUUGACGACACAAUUAGAAGGCAAGUGUAAUGAGUUGCAACAAGUUUCUUUGGCAAAGGACAGGACAAGCGAAGAGUUACAACAAAGUUGUGCUGAACUUAGCAAACAGGUCGUCUUAAAGGAGAAUGAAUGUAUGCUUCUUCGUCACCGAUCUGAAUCACUUCAACGUGACCUUGCACGCCUACAAUCUGUUUAUGAAACGGAGUCACAUCGUUUGAGAGAGUUGGAGAAUGCAAAUGCCCGUCUUGUUGUAAAAGGAAUGAUAAGUGCAGACAGCGACGAUAGGUCUAAUCCACUUCGUGCAGAGCUGGAUGAUACUAAAGAGACACUUCGAGAGAAAAGUGUAGCUUUUCAGAAUCUGCAGGAACAACUGCGAAAAGAAAAGGAUGAGCGGAUAAAAUGCAUGCAGGAGCUAGAUGAUGCACAAGCCUCCCUGGAGGAGGCAUUGCUCUCCAAAGAACGGUUGCAGCAGGUGGUUUUGGAUCAAGCGGCCACCCUAUCCCAUUUAUCUCAGUAG